AUGUGGAGGCUCCCAGUGAAGUCAAUUACGAGAUUUCCAGUUUCGAGUACAUUAAUCCAUCCGCACCCACUGAUUGGCAUCCAGGCUAUUAGAAGAAUAUCUCUAGAUGACAGCAAUGAUGCCAAAAAGUCAUCAGAACGUGGAAAAAGUGACAACAAUGCUGGAAAAGGCGACAACGAUAAUAAUUCUGGAAAAGGUAAAAAUUCAACCAAUGGAAGUGAUAAUGGAAGGAACUUAUCCAAAAAAGAUAAUGCCAGCAAAAGCUUAUCUGAAGCAGAAGCUAAACUUCAUAGAGAUUUGGAAAAUUUUUCGCCUGAUCAGUCCUCUCGUGUAUCUAAUCCGGGAGGUGCGCUUCCAGGAGUGGAUCCGAAAUUGAUGAAGUACAUGAAUCAUCCAAAAACGGCAUACGAUCCAUCCGAAAACAGGCAGGAAACAAACUAUGAGUUUCACGCACCUCCAAGUUGGAAACAGAAGAAAAGAGAAGAGGCUAAAAGGAGGGCAAGGGGAAAAUCCCCAUUGCGGAAAUUGAUACCAUCUAUUCUUGCAGGCUGUGCUUUUCUUUGGGCCUUUUACACAUACAGGUAUCUGACAAAAGAUAAAGACGAAAACAAGGAUAAGGACGGCUCCUUAUUAAAGCCAUCAAAGUUUUUGCCUUACGUGAUUAGCUUCAAGUACAAAAUAGAUGAUGACCACUAUUUGAUCGAAGUUACACGAAAGAACAGGAUCCAGAAACUUAUCAAAAACCAGCAUCUUUUCUCUGGAAACCACAUCUGGAGUGUGGAAAUAGCCAAGCGUGAUAUAAAUAUCGUUAGGAACCUUACACCACUUCCUCUAUUUGUGGCUGGUGCAGAUCCGGAGACCAAAAAGCCGCAUUUGAGACUUGUGUCAAAGGCUGAGCAGGAAGGAAAGUUCAUAUUUAUUGUGAAGAGAUACCCAGAGGGUGAAUUCUCGAAAUGGUUUACAGGCUUGAAUUUGUUGGAUGAAGUGGACAUCAGGGGACCUAUAGAAGAGUAUAGAUUUAGCCCCCAUACAUUAGACAGAUAUCCAUCAAGACCUCAACUUUCAAAUACAAUUGAAAAGACAGAACCAGACCCCAUCUACCCAGAACACCUACCUAAAGCGGAGAAUUUCGUGUACUAUGGUGCUGGAACAGGAAUUCUACCGUUACUCCAAGUUCUUUACUCUCCAAAUCCACCAAAAGGAUUUGUUCAAGCGUAUAUUUCCUUGCAUAAACAAUCAAAUCUUUUGCAGGAACUUCGUACUUUAAACUUCUUUGCAGAAAAAUGUGGCAGAGCAAAGUUCCACUAUUUAAUUGGAGAGAAUGGCGAGCACAUAUCAGAAAAAGACAUCAUGAAGCCAUCAUUGCCACAUUUCAAUAGUGCAAAGGACUUAAAAGUGAGUGCGGAGUUGUACAGAUACAAAUUAUUACAGGAGAAGAAAAAGGAAGUGAGAGAGCAGAUGGAGAGUGAUUCGUAUGCGGAUAAAAAGCACAGUAAAAGUACCGAUAAGAAAGAUAGAAAUUACAGUAAUAUAGAUGUUUUACCUCCACUCUCCUCGAAUCCAUCCAAAGAGGACAUUCCAGACUUGGAUAUAAGCAAGAUAAAGCCAGAAAAUGCAUUUCAGCAAUUCAGCUUUUUUGGAAAGAAGAACAAAUCGGACCAAUCACCGUCGCUGGCUCUUGUAUGCGGGCCAGAUGGAUACAUAGAAUUUGUUUCCGGAAAGCCCGAUCUCAAUAAUGUUGAGGGUAAAGAUAAUGGACCAAUAGGAGGACUACUCAAGAAUAAAGGUUGGAAUGAUACGAAUGUGAAACGGUUCACUGGUUUAUGA